AUGCCGAAUAGCGAUGGAGCACGGGCGCGGCCCAAGCACCGCAACAGGAACAGGCCACGAGCUCGUCCAUGCACGCCGGAGAAUCUCCUAGAGAAUCACCUGCAGAAGCUUUUCGAGCAGCAGGAGCUGCUGCACAGCCUGCUGAUAAGCAAUCGUCCUGGAGUAAGGACCCAGCUGGAGGAUCUGGGCGGCGACAGCAACUAUGAGUUCGACACCCAGGACGAGGAUGGCGAUUAUGAAAGUCUGCCCAGUUUUCAGGUUAGCGAUGCUUGGGAGGAACCAAAGAAGCUUAGUAACCGUGCAGAUUCCGUAGUUCUGGCCGAGGACGUGGACUCAUCCAGUCCUCCGAAGUUUGAAAAUCUCCCAGCAAUUCCAUCUCGAACGUAUCCAUAUUGCAGGAACCACAGCUCGAUGCCACUGCCAAUCACGAUGGGCAAUUGCACACCACCCAAGGUCAUAGGUCAGGGCUACGAUGCGCCCUUUCUGUACCCCAAUUUUAUUUCAAAAAAAGAGAAAAGCCGUGUCAAGUACAUCUUCACCUUGGUGGACAGUCUGGUGUUGCAAAUGGAGCGAUUACUCAAACAGGGCGAGCACUCGAUGGCCGAAGGAGCCGUUGAAAAACCUGCCUCAGGAGCUGUGCCCAAAUCCAGGCCUAAACAGGACUUCCAAGUGGAUCGGGUGGGCCAUGCCAAAUACACGGUUGCUGUCAAUUCUCGUUUAAAUCAGCCAAAGCAACACAAUCCGUCCAAACACCAUCAUCGUUUGGGCAGUAGUAAGGUGCACUCGCAUAGUAAAUUGCCGGAAAACUUCGAUUUGGAUUGCGAGUUCGGAAUGGAGUAUAUUGAGAAAUUCCGAGCCAACAAGGUUCGAGAUGAAAAUUUGCCCGAGCCAGAGAAGCACACUGAUUACACGGACGAAGAAGAACUAAAAGAACUCGGGAUAACCAUUAUUCCGGACUCCGAGAUCCCAAGCGAACUUCAUUUUCCUGAAAUCGCUAUGGCCAAAUCAUUCAAAAGACACAGAAGAUGCAAGAGAAAAGAUUCUCGACCAAGUACACCCAUCACCAGACCCUCGACGCCCAUCGGUGACGAUGUGCCCAGCACAUCGGCACAGGCAAAAUUUUAUCAGCAAUUUACAGGUCACUUGGAGCCCGAGAAAAGCGAAUCAAGUAUCUUGACCCCGUGGCAGCUCUUAAAAGUAAGAGGUAAGUCACGAAUGUUCCAUUCCGUUCGCUCCCAAAGAGAUUCUUUCCCGACGACCGCAGGACCCGAACCAUUGAAGGAGUGGCAAUGGGAUAUCAUUAGGUACAUGAGGCAAUUUAAUAAGGAGAAAAAACGAAGGCAGCGACUGGCAAAACAGCUCAGAGAUGGAGAAUUACCAGCCAUAGAUGAGGAACCCGUGCUUAAAGUGAAGAAGAGGGAUCUGCGCAGGGAGGAACUUCAACGGAAAUACUCCUAUGUGCCCAUAGACAGGCCGAAAAUUCGGCCAAAGUUCUACAAGGCCUUUAAAAGGCAAAAGGAAUGGCUAAAGGCGGAACGCGAAUACAAAAGAGUUCAGUACCUAACGUACUUCAGACCACAGGACCUCUACGAGCCCAGGAUAAAAGUGACCAAAAAGCAAAGGCGCGCCAUUCGACGCAGACUUCUCAAUGUCCCAAGUAGAGGAGCGGUACAACCCAAGCCCAUGCCAAAGACAAAAACACCGCUUUGUCCACUGCCUGCUGACGAAAAGGUUAAGGUUGAAGUUCCCAAUCAGGAUCCUCCACCAAUCCCCGGGCCAGUGGACAGGGGUCAGCGGCUAAAGAAUCUGCUCAUGGACAAGAUUCGCCUAAAUCAGGAUCAAAAGCUGAACCACUUGGUAUUACCAGAGGAUCCUGUUAAGGCCAUCUACUUGCCCCUUCCCCAUCGACGUAAGUCCGCGCAAUCUGCAUCCAAAAUGAAUCAAAACUCAGCCCACAAAAAACCCAAGUCCGCCCCGCUUUUUUUGACCAGUGCCACCAGCUCCACUGCAGCGAUCAAUGGCCAGAGUAGUUGUAGUAGCAUUCCAGCCGAAACCAACUCGUCAUCUUCAUUGAGUACCCUGUUCUACGAUGCCAAGCACACGAAGUCGGGCAACGAUUUUGGCAUGAGUAAUGAAAGUGUGGCAGGCUUUAGGAAAUCCUGCGAUCCUGCAAAGAAUCAGGUGGCAAAGCCGCUAGGAAGGAAAUGCAACAACGAGGCCAUUGCAAAGGAUGCGCCCGAAGAGGGUGUGGAUUUCAGGAGAUACAUCGAUCUGGACUUCGUGUCGCGCCAGAUCCUGCAACUGAUGUCGAAGAUGAAGCCCCACAAGGACAGCAAGCUGGUGGAAGUGCAUCCCAAGGUCUCAGAGUACAUGGAUCACUUUUACUGGGAACGCCUAACGCCCGAUGGUCUCUUCUUUCACUGGUUCCUCUGCGAGGGUUUUUUUCCCGCUCACUAUCUGACCAAGGUGAAAACCGCCAAGGAGCUGGAGGACGUCUCGCAGGCCCAGCUGGAUCAGCGGAUUAUGGAGUACAUAGAUUUGGUGAAUGACGUGAAUGCGACCAAAAUCAAGCUCACAAGCCAGAUGGCGCACCUCAUGGUGACCUCUUAUUUCCGAGUUCUGUACCACAGGGCGCAAUCGAGUGAAUACCCCAUCAAGGACCGAUGUUUGCUUAGAUGCCGCUUUGCCAUCUCCAUGGUGGAACUGCAUCAGCAGGAGCGAGGUCGCCACAUAUUGAGGAAUCGGGUCGACUGUAGGCUGCUAAUGAAGUGGGCCCUCAAGCACGAGGGUCGCGUGAAGCAGCUGUACGAUGAGCCAUUGUACUAUGCCGAGGAGCGGGCCAGCAUUAAUACCUGCCUGGUCAUGCGUACUCCCAAUUUGGAGGCCUUCAAGGAGUUUUACCAUCGCCAGGUAUUGCCCAAGCCUGAUGCACUCGCCAUUAAUCCGGUGUUUUACAAGAUCAAGCGUUAUCCGAGCAGUGAAACCGACCUUGAUGCCAGAUUCGUGUGUCCCAUUCCUGGCUGCCAAACGGAUCUGAGCUCGAAGAUUCUUAUGGCACACUUUUUGACCGAUCAUUGCCGACGAUUGGAGGAACUUUGGCUCACCGAUCGCAUGGUACUACUAUUCUGUCCGAGCUCCUAUCCCCCAAACCAAGUUUACUGCAUUUGUGUGAUCGCCCUGUUGGCCAGAAUGCCCAGCCAAACGGUACCGAUACCCAAAGUCAUACUCAACGAGGAGUUGCCUUCGAAGUAUCUGUACUUUGUGGAACACGGAGCAUGUUUUAUAAUGUUCGCUCCGGUUUCGAGAUUAUUGAUUGAGGGCAAGGCGGAGCAAAAGCCUGCCAGCAAAAAAGGCGCUAAUAGGCAUCUAGAUACUUUGUAUAUCUUUUGGCUGGCUACUGCCGAUUAUGAACUCAAGGAUGCGGGCUGUCGCCUUUUUGUGUAUUGCCAGGAUCGCGGCAUCAAGGGCAAAUCCCUAUUGAACUUUGUGAAAAUGUCCGAGUUCAAAGGUGUGGCCCAUUUGGUGGCCACACAACCUGAUAGCUAUCUGGCUAUCGAUUAUGCGACGAUGGCAUCGCUGACCAAAGAUUUUAGGGAGCUGCUCUUUAUCGAGGUACGAUACAUUGAUAAGUUGGUUGAGGACUCCAACAAUUCCGGUGAUGAGAAUUUUGAUAUUUGAGAACCUUUUGAAAAGGCAACUUGAAGGAUCGCAUCUGGC